UGCGGCUACAGCUAAGUAUGUAUGCUUGUACAUAUGUAUGUAAGUGUGAUUGGUGUGACUAGUGGAGGAGCUGCUGCAAAUUGGUGAAGUGAGCAAUUUUCAGUUGGCGAAUUGCAGUCGCGUGUGGCAGUGAAGUGGCAGCGAAGAGCAGAAAUAGCAACAAAUGUUGUCGCGUUUGUCAAAGGAAUUUGUGGAAAAAUAAAAACCGGUAAAUAGUGAAAUAGCAAGUAAAGACCAAAGCAAAGUAAUGAGAAAUAAGCAAUAAAAAUCAGAUAUACUUAUACGUAUGUAUGUUUGCAUGUAAGAACAAUUGUAUUGCUGAGUUAAAAGGAAACCAUAAAGUGCUUGGGCCAAGGUAAAUGACAACAAGGAAAACAAUCAAAUAAGGAGUUGAAAUAAAUGAGAUCGAAAAAAACAGAAUACAUCAAAGAGUUAAAGAAUCAAGUGUGCAGUACAACCGAUAUACAUAAAUACAUAAAUAAAUAAAUACGCGCAUAAACCGUGUGCAGUGAAUUGUGAAAGAAAAUUUGCAUAUUUAAUCGUGUAGCAAUAACAAAAGCCAGCAACAGAAGCAAAAGCAACAGAGCAACAGCAACAAUGCCUGAAGCCAAGUCCAUCUUCCCUUUCGUUUAUACACCGGAACCGCCCAAGAAGGCGGCAAUCAUAAAAGUCUCUUGCGGCAUCGGUGAUACGGACGGAUUUCCCGCCUUUGAUGUUGACUCAGAUGCUUAUGCGGCCAAAGAUGAUCCCAAAUGGGGUUUCCUAAUCACGGGCGGUGCAGAAUUUCACAUGCCGCUAACGGUAUUUCAGGU